AAAAUUGAGCUAUUCAAUUGCGCUAUUUUUUAAAAUACCAUAUUGUAACAUAUCUCAUAAAUUAUGGCUCGUACAAAGCAAACUGCUCGUAAAUCGACUGGUGGUAAGGCACCACGAAAACAAUUGGCUACCAAAGCCGCACGUAAAAGUGCACCAGCUACUGGAGGUGUGAAAAAACCACAUCGUUAUCGUCCAGGAACUGUAGCUUUACGUGAAAUUCGUCGCUACCAAAAGAGUACUGAGCUCUUGAUUCGCAAAUUGCCAUUCCAGCGUUUGGUCCGUGAAAUUGCACAAGAUUUCAAAACUGAUUUACGUUUCCAGAGUUCUGCUGUAAUGGCUCUUCAAGAAGCUAGCGAAGCAUACUUAGUGGGUCUUUUUGAAGAUACUAACUUAUGCGCAAUUCAUGCCAAACGCGUUACAAUUAUGCCAAAAGAUAUUCAAUUGGCUAGACGUAUUCGUGGAGAACGUAGAGGAAAUGCGUGUGGUGGUAAAGUUAAAGGCAAGGCAAAGUCACGAUCAAAUCGUGCUGGAUUACAAUUUCCAGUUGGUCGUAUUCAUCGAUUAUUGCGUAAAGGCAAUUAUGCUGAACGCGUUGGUGCAGGUGCUCCAGUCUACUUAGCUGCCGUUAUGGAAUAUUUGGCUGCUGAAGUUCUUGAAUUGGCUGGCAAUGCAGCACGCGAUAAUAAGAAGACAAGAAUCAUUCCUCGUCAUUUACAGUUGGCCAUACGUAAUGAUGAAGAAUUGAACAAAUUAUUGUCUGGUGUUACAAUUGCACAAGCAAAUAUGUCUGAAGCUGUUGCCGUUGCAAAUACAGAUUCUCCAAAGGAGGUAACUGCCGUUCCUGAAAAGAAAGUUGCUGUUAAAAAGGCAACAAAAGUAAAAAAACCUUCUGCAGCUCCAUCUCAUCCAUCAACACAACAAAUGGUUGAUGCAUCUAUCAAGAACUUGAAGGAACGCAGCGGAUCUUCAUUGUUGGCAAUUAAAAAGUAUAUAAGUGCCACAUAUAAAUGUGAUGCCCAGAAAUUGGCUCCAUUUAUUAAAAAAUAUUUGAAAACUGCUGUAGCUAAUGGCAAAUUGAUACAAACAAAAGGAAAAGGUGCAUCUGGUUCAUUUAAAUUAUCAGCUGCUGCUGCUAAGUCUCCUAAAUCGUCUGUCGAGGGUAAGAAAAAGAAGGUGCCAUCAGGUGUUACGAAGAAGAAGGUUACUGCAUCAUCUGCAGGUACUAAAAAGUCAAAGGCAAAGGUAUCUGGAGAGAAAAAACCUAAGAAAUCUGCGGCAGCUAAGAAGAGUAUUAUGGCUCGUACAAAGCAAACUGCUCGUAAAUCGACUGGUGGUAAGGCACCACGAAAACAAUUGGCUACCAAAGCCGCACGUAAAAGUGCACCAGCUACUGGAGGUGUGAAAAAACCACAUCGUUAUCGUCCAGGAACUGUAGCUUUACGUGAAAUUCGUCGCUACCAAAAGAGUACUGAGCUCUUGAUUCGCAAAUUGCCAUUCCAGCGUUUGGUCCGUGAAAUUGCACAAGAUUUCAAAACUGAUUUACGUUUCCAGAGUUCUGCUGUAAUGGCUCUUCAAGAAGCUAGCGAAGCAUACUUAGUGGGUCUUUUUGAAGAUACUAACUUAUGCGCAAUUCAUGCCAAACGCGUUACAAUUAUGCCAAAAGAUAUUCAAUUGGCUAGACGUAUUCGUGGAGAACGUGCUUAAGAUUGGAAGCAAUAUAAUUUUAUAAAU